GCCAUAAACAUCUCACUGAACAUAGCUUUUAUUUGCAACUAAUAUUUUUCUAUGAUAAUGAACAAUAAACUAUUACAAUUCGGACAAUGAUGAGCCCAACACAAGAAUACUGUACAAUUCCAACAUUAGAAACAAUUGCAAUCAUCAUUCACGUAUAGUAUGUACCCAAACUUUUAGGUGCACUUGCCGAUGCCACCUAGCAAAAACCGCCACAUAAACAAAUUCUUCGGAGCUAUAGCGCGCACCUACAUAACGUGCUCGCCUUCCGCUUCCUCCGACCGAUACAUACGCCAACCCGAUGCCGACGACGACGAGCGCAUCGACGACGGGGGCGGCGCAGCGCCGCCGGAGACGCUGCAAGGGUACACCACCACGCCAGCCAUGGUGCUGCUCCUUAGGCCUCGACCCCUCCACGGUCGCCGCCACCGCCACCGCUGCCGGCCGGAGCCCCCUCCCCGCACCGCCGCACCAGGUCGCGCCGCCGCUCUCCCGCCGCAUCCGCUCCCCGGGACGCGUAUCCCCCAUCGACGACCCGACCUUGCCUGCCUCCGUGGGUUCGUCUGUUCCCGUGCGGCUGUCGUCCGUCACCGAAUGCCCGCCUCCUGCCCUGCUGGGUCCGCCGCCGGGCGCUGUGGAGAAGCCGAGGGAAAUUCUGAACCUGAGGCUGGUCGACAAAGGCGUGAUCUUGGAGGUGAAUGAGUUGGAGAGGGUGCGCGGGGAGAGCGAGGUGGUGAGGAAGGUUGUUGGGGAACUAGGCGGCGAGUUGACGGUGGAAGGGAUGGUGGAGGUGGAGGCCUUCAGGGAAGCGGUGGACAUGAUGUUGGAAGACGGAGACGAGGCCGCUGAGAUGAGGCGGCUCGCUCGUGGUGGUGUCGCGCGAGCCAUCGACGUGCUCGAGGUAUCAUUGUCACUCGUGUUUGACAGAGGGGUUAAGAGCUGUGUAAGGUACCUGGACGCUGUUCCGUGGAGCGAAUCUGAAGAGGAGACAAUCAAGAGGCUGAUGUCUCAGCAUCCUUCGUACAAUGCAGCUUUGAGAAACCUGCUGGCGGCGAGGCUGCAGCCCGCCGAGAGGCCUGCCUCGUCGGCAGAAGCAGAACUGGUCGUUGAACUGGCCGACUCCAUCACGAAGGGGACCAACAACAACGCCCGGAAAGAGCUGCGGAACCUAGUCAACGGGAUCCUGUCCAAGUCAUCCGUCUACGUAAAGCAGGGUGACAAAGAGCUGGACCGGAGGAGCAUCUACCGCAUCUGCCAUUCGUGCCUGAACUCUCUGGCGCGAUUGCUGGGAGGAGAAUCCCCGGGGCCGGAUCAGACGUCCUUGCCAUCAGUUGGAAGAGGAGGAGUACCGCCACCUGAGACUGAGAGCAUCUACAGGCUAGUCGAGGACAUCAACUGGCUGCUGCAGAUUCUGAUCGACAGGCAGAUGGGGGAGGAGUUCGUCGAGCUGUGGGCCGACCAAACGAGCCUCAGCGGCGUGCACGGACGGGCGUCGCCGAUGGUGCGCCACGAGCUGAGCCGGAUCUCGGCCACGGUCUUCAUCGCCAUGGGGAGCGGCAGGCUCCAGUGCGCCGGAGCCAGACGGUUCGGCGUCUUCCAGGCCUGGUUCAGGCCGAUGCUGGCGGACUUCAGUUGGCUCCGGAGGUACCCCAAGGGCCUGAACGUGACGGCCCUGGAGGAAGGGAUCGGGCAGGCGCUGCUGACGCUCACGCUGGAGCAGCAGCAGGCGCUGUUCUUGGAGUGGUUCGGGGCUUUCGGCAGCCACGGCCGGGAGUGCCCGGACCUGAUGAGAGCCUUCCAGGUCUGGUGGCGGCGGUCGUUCGUGAGAUGAGAUGAGAUCAUUAGAGCAGCUCCAAUAGUUCUCUAAACAACUCUCUAAAUCUUAAAUUUAAGAAGUAAAUAGAAAAAUGCUUCUCCAAUGGUUCUCUAAAUAGACUUGCUAAAUUUACUUAGUUGCUAUUCAACUCUAUUUACUCUCUACAUUUAGCAACUCGGUAGGAACUCCCUAAAUACAGUUGACGUCAAUUUCUUCACACUAGCGUGAUUAUUUUUCUCUUUCCCACAGUGAGAUAGCCAGGUAUAGCAUGCUCUUUUUUCAUUUUCUAGCAUAAUAAGGUAGCUAGGUCAAACACGUAUGACGCAAGUUUCUCCUUCACCGUCGAACCCAACUUCCUCAUAGGUUGAGCCACCGGACCACCACUCAUCCAUAGUUCAUAUCGACCGGUCUUUUUUCUUCCGCUCUCACAUCAUCUGCUCUCAACCUUAUUAUCAGGCAGAUCUCAUAGAGGUAGGACCGCUAAAGCUAGAUUCAAAAUCGAACUACUUCCUAAAUAUGAGCAACUAUUGGAGACUAAGUUAUUUUUUACUUUCAAUAGCUAUUUAGCAACUUGCUAAACAUGAUUUUAGCAAGCUAUUUUUUAGAGAACUGCUGGAGUUGCUCUUAGGUAGCCAAAUAAAAAACAGUUAUUCUACAGCAGAUUGGUUGUUUUUAUGGGCGGUUGGCCAUUAGUUUGCGGUGGUCCCACAUUCUCUUAUGGCAAUAUGAGUUGGAAUGUCA